CAAGCAAGUCAAAAGCCGCUGCGCGAGCGACAGCCAUAGCGAAUAAGGCAAACGUUUUUAAAAUCUCAUAGAAUUGGCUUGGCAGUGAAGGAUAUCUGAGAUACCCAAACCUUUAUUUAUACACCCAUCCACACACACACACACACACACACACACACACACACACACACAUACACACACACACACACACACACAGUAAAGGAGCUAAAGCAGUUACUAAAAUGCCCGUCUUUCACACAAAAACAAUCGAGAGCAUAUUAGAUCCUGUUGCCCAGCAGGUAUCUCGCUUGGUUAUAUUACACGAGGAGGCCGAGGAUGGCAAUGCCAUGCCCGAUCUUAGCCGGCCGGUGCAGGUGGUCUCGGCGGCGGUGGCGAAUCUGGUGAAGGUCGGCCGGGAGACGAUCAACAGCUCCGACGACAAGAUAUUGAGACAGGAUAUGCCGUCGGCAUUGCAUCGCGUGGAGACUGCCUCGCAGUUGCUCGAGGAGGCUUCGGAUAUGUUGCGCGCGGAUCCCUAUUCGGGGCCGGCGCGCAAGAAGCUGAUUGAGGGAAGCCGCGGCAUACUGCAGGGCACCUCCUCGCUGCUGCUUUGCUUCGACGAGAGCGAGGUGCGCAAGAUAAUACAGGAGUGCAAGCGUGUCCUUGACUAUCUGGCCGUUGCCGAGGUGAUUGGCACCAUGGAGGAUCUGGUUAAGUUCUUCAAGGAUCUGUCGCCCUGCCUUGGCAAGGUGUCGCGCGAGGUCGGCGCCCGCGAGAAGGAGCUAACCCAUCAGGUGCACAGCGAGAUACUGGUGCGCUGCCUCGAGCAGGUGAAGACCCUCGCGCCCAUACUCAUCUGCAGCAUGAAGGUCUACAUACACAUUGUCGAGCAGCAGGGCAAGGGCGCCGAGGAGGCCGCCGAGAAUCGCAACUAUCUGGCGGCACGCAUGAGCGAUGAACUGCAGGAGAUCAUACGCGUCCUGCAGCUGACCACCUACGACGAGGACACCAGCGAACUGGACAAUUUGACGGUGCUGAAGAAGCUGAGCAAUGCGAUUAGCAACAAAAUGGAGCUGGCCAACGAAUGGCUAUCGAAUCCGUAUGCGCUGCGCGGCGGCGUCGGCGAGAAGGCGCUGCGUCAGGUCAUCGAUAAUGCCAACGAAAUCUCGGAGCGUUGCCUGCCCCAGGACUCCUAUCCCAUACGCAAGCUGGCCGAUGAGAUUAGCGCCAUGGCCAAUAAUCUGUGCGAGCUGCGGCACGAGGGCAAAGGCAACUCCCCACAGGCUAUCGGCCUGGCCAAUGGCAUACGUGCACGUCUCGGCGAGCUGCAGGGUCUGGUGCGUCAGGCCGUGCUCGGCGUGGACAAGGCGGGCGUACAGCAGACCGCCCACACGAUUCAGGGCCGCUUGGAGCAGGCGGUCAAAUGGCUGCAGAAUCCGGAGCUCAAUGAUGGCGGCCUCGGCGAGCGGGCCAUCAAUCUGAUUGUCGAGGAGGGUCGCAAGGUCGCCGAAGGCUGUCCGGGCCAUCAGAAGGCGGAGAUUAUGCAGCUGUGCGACGAGGUCGAGCGUCUCAAGCGCCAAGCCGCGGGCACCGGCCCAGCUGCCAAACAGGCGGCCAAGCAGCUCACCCAAAAGCUUUACGAGCUAAAGGCGGCCAUACAGAAUGCUUUGGUCAAUCGCAUUGUGCAGGACUUUAUGGACGUGAGCACGCCCCUCAAGCAGUUCACCGAGGCGGUCAUGCUGCCGGAGGGCACACCCGGACGCGAACAGAACUUCAAUCAGAAGUCCAACAAUCUGCAGGCGUUCAGUGAUCGCGCCUCGAAGACGUCGCGCAUGGUCGCCGCUGGCGGCGCCUGCGGCAACAAGAAGAUCGCCGAAAUUCUGCUCUCCUCUGCCGCACAGGUGGACUCGCUGACGCCGCAGCUCAUCAAUGCCGGACGCAUACGCAUGAAUUAUCCGGCCAGCAAGGCGGCCGAUGAGCAUCUGCAGAACCUGAAGCAACAGUAUGCGGACACGGUGUUACGGAUGCGCACGCUGUGCGACCAGGCAACCGAUCCGGCCGAUUUCAUCAAGACCUCCGAGGAGCAUAUGCAGGUGUAUGCCAAGCUCUGCGAGGACGCCAUCCAUGCGCGCCAGCCGCAGAAGAUGGUCGAUAAUACCUCAAAUAUAGCGCGACUCAUUAAUCGUGUGCUGCUGGUGGCCAAACAGGAGGCGGACAAUUCAGAGGAUCCGAUCUUUACGGAGCGUCUAAAUGCUGCCGCCAACAAUCUGGAACGCUCACUGCCCGCCAUGGUCGGCGAUGCCAAGCUGGUGGCCACCAAUAUAGCCGAUCCCGCUGCGGCUGCCGCCUGGAAGAAAUCAUUCCAGCGACUGCUCGGCGAUGUGCGCGAGGUGCGCGAUGCCAUUGCACCGCCGCAGCCGCCGCCAUUGCCCACAUCGCUGCCGCCGCCCAUACCGGAGCUCAGUGCUCUGCAUCUCUCCAAUCAGAAUGCGGAGCGUGCGCCACCGCGUCCACCACUGCCGCGCGAGGGACUGGCGCCCGUGCGUCCACCGCCUCCGGAGACGGAUGAUGAGGAUGAGGGCGUUUUCCGCACCAUGCCGCACGCCAAUCAGCCCAUACUGAUUGCGGCACGUGGCCUGCACCAGGAGGUGCGUCAGUGGUCAUCCAAGGAUAACGAGAUCAUUGCGGCCGCCAAGCGCAUGGCCAUACUGAUGGCACGCCUCAGCGAACUGGUGCUAUCCGAUUCGCGCGGCAGCAAGCGUGAGCUGAUUGCGACGGCCAAGAAGAUCGCCGAGGCAUCCGAGGAUGUGACACGGCUGGCCAAGGAGCUGGCGCGUCAGUGCACGGAUCGACGCAUCCGCACCAAUCUGCUGCAGGUGUGCGAACGCAUACCGACAAUUGGCACGCAGCUCAAGAUCUUGUCCACCGUGAAGGCGACCAUGCUUGGCGCCCAGGGCUCCGAUGAGGAUCGCGAGGCAACCGAAAUGCUGGUGGGCAAUGCCCAGAAUCUAAUGCAGAGCGUCAAGGAAACGGUGCGCGCUGCGGAGGGAGCCAGCAUCAAGAUCCGCUCCGAUCAGACCAGCAAUCGACUGCAAUGGGUGCGCCGCCAGCCCUGGUAUCAGUACUAGAUGUCCAAAAACACACACACACACACACAGAGUCUUGGCAACAAGCGUGGCCAAAAUCGAUCCAAUCCUUGUGCCUUGUGUAGCAUAAAAACUAAACUAAUCUUAAAACAUUUGAUGCUACUUUAAUAUUAAUACCUGCAAUACCUGUAAUGCCCGUUAUCUACUUCUGCUAACUCUUCCAAACACACACACACACACACACACAUUUAUUUAUUAUGUGCUCUGCUUCAAAAAACGAAAAG